AUGGGGGAAGCUAGGGUGAGUGGUCUUUUAGACGAGCAUGGCAAUUGGGACGUCAAAAUUGUUCGUGACCUAUUCCACGAAAGUGAUGUUCACCGAAUUCUUACAACUCCUGUGAAUGUACAACUUAAGGAUGUGUGGAGAUGGCUAGGUGACUUAAGAGGGUUGUAUACGGUAAAGCAUGGGUAUCGGUUGCUCACUUCGGCUGGACAUUUGAAUACGGCAAUCACUGGUUUCCAGUCUUGGAAAGCACUCUGGUCGUUUCCGGUCCCUCCCAAAGUAAGGAAUCUGCUGUGGCGGUGUGUAAGAGGCAUUUUACCUGUUCGCGAGAAUCUGGAAUCGAAGAGGGUGUGGGUAGGAAGAGGUUGCCUGUUCUGCGAUUUCAUGUUCGAAUCAGUGGAACACAUCUUCUGUGAGUGCAGGUUUGCGCAGAGGCUAUGGGGGGUAGAUGACAUACUGCAAGGGCGGUGCCUACAGGAGUUCAUGGAGGCGAUGUUGGGGUCUUUGUCAGUGGAGUCCGCAGUUCGUUUGGCAGCCAUCAUUUGGGUGGUAUGGGAGACGCGCAACGGUAUUCUCUGGAGAAGCACAACUCCUGUUGCAGAGAACAUGAAUGCCCAGGUGCGUGCGUUGCAAGCGGUAUGGAAAGAGGCGUUCACAGUCGCUACUCGUACUGGGAGUGUUGGAGGCGUCUUAGCUAAUUGGGAAACCCCACAUCACAAUGCUCUUAAGUGCAAUGUGGAUGUUGUGGUUCUUUCAAACGGAAUUGGUUACGGUGCCGUUGUUCGUGAUCAUGAGGGUCGUUUUGUGGCAGCAAGAAGUGGCCGGUUGUAG